UUCCCAUUCUUCCUAUGUAGACAGACACAACAUGGCGGACUAGAAUAGUCGGCCGACGCGCCCGGAUACAGCGGAUAAACUGUGGGAUUUACCGCCCAGGGAGGCAAGGGGGAAAAAGAAAACCCUCCAUUUUGACGGGCGAAUCGCUGCUUCGGCAGGUUAUCCUUCCCUUCAGGACGGAGGGGUUUACGGAAAGCGGAGUGUCUGAGUGUCCCAGCCAGGUCGCGCUUUCCUCCUCCUAAAUCAACCAAGUCCCCCCCACCCCACCCCCCAUCCCGCUCACGGUUCCAGGGGUGUGGAGGCUGGGGCAGAAAACGUGGAAGAGAAGGAGCCGGGGGCAGAAAAGACCCUCUCUGGGUUCAACUCGUGUCUUUCUAGGGUCUCCCUGGGCGCCUCGGGGGUUGCGAGCCAGACGGUGCGAAUGAGGGAUUGAUGAGAAAUUCGCUUGUUCAGGGCAGAAUGGGUUUGUGUCCCCUGCUCCUGCUGCUUGGUGUAGCUGUCUGGGCAUCAGCCCAGGAUCAAACCCCCGUCACAGGUCCUCCAAGUGUCACUGUCAAAUCCACAGACCCUCCUGCCGCACCCUCCGUCAACCUCACAGUCUCUGCAAAAUUAACCUCAGCAAGUCCGCCCACUACACUUCCCCCUGUAGUUGUCCUGCCGACUACAGCAGUAACCACAGCAGACACAACCACAGCCCCGAGCUCAGCUGAGGAGCAUGAUGCUAAAAAUCCAAAUGGAGAUGCUGCAGUGCGGGUGUUACCCAUUUCUGAAGCACCCCCUUCAGAUUCUAUCGAAGCUUCUCCAGCAACUCCAACCAUCCAGCCGACCUCUCCCCCCAUUACUGAGGUUAAUAAUGUGUCAACAGCUACAACUGAAGACAGCUCAUGGAUAGACACAGAAAGGACUGUUACCACUACAGAAGUAAAUGUUUUAACUUCACACAGCCCCCCAGAAGAUGAGUCUGGUGACAUGCCCAUCAUCGCUGUAAUGGUGGCCCUGUCCUCCCUGCUAGUCAUCAUCUUCAUCAUCAUCAUCCUCUACAUGCUCAGAUUUAAGAAAUACAAACAGGAUGGAAGCCAUUUGAAUUCUUUUAGAUUGAGCAAUGGCAGAUCAGAUGAAACAGAAUUCCAGAGUGUGCCUCUAUUGGCUCGUUCCCCCAGCACAAACAGGAAGUACCCACCCAUUCCAGUAGACAAACUGGAGGAAGAAAUGAACCGUCGCAUGGCUGAUGACAACAAGCUCUUCAGAGAGGAGUUUAAUGCUCUGCCAAACUGUCCCAUCCAGGCCACAUGCGAUGCUGCUUCCAAAGAAGAGAAUAAAGAAAAGAACAGAUACGUUAACAUCCUUCCAUAUGAUCAUUCCAGAGUUCAUCUCUUAUCUCUGGAAGGAGUCCCUGAUUCUGACUUUAUCAACGCCUCCUUUAUAAAUGGUUACCAAGAGAAGAAUAAGUUUAUUGCAGCUCAAGGGCCAAAGGAGGAGACGGUAAAUGACUUCUGGAGAAUGAUCUGGGAGCAGAACACAUCCACCAUUGUCAUGGUGACCAAUCUGAAGGAGAGAAAAGAGUGCAAGUGUGCGCAGUACUGGCCGGACCAGGGCUGUUGGACAUACGGAAACAUUCGUGUGUCUGUCGAGGACACAGUGGUUCUGGUGGACUACACAGUCCGCAAGUUCUGCAUCCAACAGGUGGGAGAUGUCUCCGGCAAGAAGCCUCAGAGGCUGCUGACCCAGUUCCACUUCACCAGCUGGCCUGACUUUGGGGUUCCCUUCACUCCCAUCGGCAUGCUCAAGUUCCUCAAGAAGGUGAAGAACUGCAACCCUCACUAUGCUGGAGCCAUCGUUGUUCACUGCAGUGCGGGCGUGGGAAGGACGGGUACCUUUAUAGUGAUUGACGCCAUGUUGGACAUGAUGAACGCGGAGAGGAAGGUGGACGUGUUUGGUUUUGUUACAAGAAUAAGAGCCCAGCGCUGUCAGAUGGUCCAGACUGAUAUGCAGUAUGUGUUCAUCUUCCAAGCCUUGUUAGAACAUUACUUGUACGGAGACACAGAGCUGGAAGUGACUUCGCUGGAGUCGCACUUAGCUAAGCUCUAUGCCCCCUCACCUGGAGCAGGCUGCAGUGGUCUGGAGGCUGAAUUCAAGAAACUAACAUCCAUCAAGAUUCAGAAUGACAAAAUGAGAACAGGCAACCUGCCGGUCAACAUGAAGAAGAACAGGGUCCUGCAGAUCAUUCCAUAUGAGUUCAACAGAGUGAUCAUUCCAGUCAAAAGAGGAGAGGAGAACACAGACUAUGUCAACGCCUCCUUUAUCGAUGGUUACCGUCAGAAAGAUGCGUACAUAGCGAGUCAGGGGCCUCUGCAGCACACCAUGGAGGAUUUUUGGAGGAUGAUCUGGGAAUGGAGAAGCUGCUCCAUAGUCAUGCUGACUGAGCUUGAAGAGAGAGGACAGGAGAAAUGUGCUCAGUAUUGGCCAGGUGAUGGAGUGGUGGUGUAUGGAGACCUCUCCAUUGAGCUUAAAAGGGAGGAGGAGAAUGAAAGUUACACAGUGCGGGACCUCCUAGUCACCAACAACAGGGAGAACAAGGCUCGAUCUGUGCGUCAGUUCCAUUUCCACGGUUGGCCAGAAGUGGGGAUCCCUGCAGAUGGGAAAGGCAUGAUCAACAUAAUUGCUGCAGUGCAGAAGCAGCAGCAGCAAUCUGGCAACCAUCCCAUCACUGUGCACUGCAGUGCUGGCGCUGGCCGUACUGGCACUUUCUGUGCGCUGAGUACAGUUCUGGAGAGGGUGAAGGCCGAAGGCAUCCUGGAUGUCUUCCAGACCGUAAAGAGCCUCAGACUGCAGAGACCCCACAUGGUGCAGACACUGGAGCAGUACGAGUUCUGCUACAAAGUGGUCCAGGAGUAUAUCGAUGCGUUUUCCGAUUACGCUAACUUCAAGUAAGGACCUGCGGCGGAUGGAUGGAUGAUUGCAAGCAUAAGCCCAUACCAGAACUCAUCCAUACGUGGCCAUGAAGAAAGCCGCAUAGUCACUGACUGGUGGAUGGUUUUAGAAAGACAGGUCACAGCUUGAUCUGUGGACGAGACGGACUGUCCACAGGAAAAGGGAUCAGAGGUCAACGCCUGUGGAGGCAGUACUGUAGGAUACGGUCGAUAUCUGAAAUGCCUUCGUGAAUAUUUUGUACUUAUGUUAAUACAGCCCGUCACUCUUAUUUACUUCACUCCCAAUAUGUGUAUAUAAUUACUGUGUUGCAUUUUCAAAACUUGGGUUUUAGAUGCAGCUUUUGAGUUUGGCCGUGUUUUUGAGCUGCACCUGUGAAGGUUUGGUGGCUAAUGUGCAACAUUAGAGUCGAGGUGAUCUUUGGGUUAUUGUUUUUUUUUUUUUUUUUGAGGAACAGAGACUAUUUUUGACUCUGCCUGAGCCUUGCUGUAGCAGCUUGUGUUUGUGUGGUAGCAGACGUUUCUACAUUAACUCCACAAACCCUUCAAACCACACAUUUAAAGCCAUUUCUUUCAAACAAAAACAAGUUUCGAGGCCCAACACCCUUUUUUGAGGUUGGCGGUUCACAUGCACUAAAAUCAGGAGCCAUUUAGCUGUUUUGGAACUCACGUGUAAACUGGAGUGUAAGCUGGCAGAGAAGACGACACAGUCUUCAGUCCACCGUGUGCCAAAGUCCUUCACCCAUUUAGCUCACAUCGCUGAUAAUUCCAAACUAAGCUUCACCAAUCAUAGAUGGGUUAUUUACUGGAUUAUGAGAGGGGUUUUGGUUAAAUGUAACACACAUCAAUGCUGAUUGAGAUUCUUUUUUUCCUCUGUAACAUUUUUUAAGUCUUUUUACAGUAUUAGUUGUGUUUAGGAGCCACAAUCCCAACUCUGUACUGUGUCAUAGAAUUUAGCAAACACCCAGCAUGUUCAAUGUUUACAGCUGUGUUGUUUUGGAUUGUAUGAAGCACUUCGUCUCUGUUGGUUUGCUUUCAUUUUGCUGGGAAACUGUGUUCUGUUAAGCAUUUUGUCACUCCUUCAGACAGAAAGAUUCCUUUUAUUUACUAGCAGUGAAUGUUAAUGCAGAGGAACACUUUUUUUCUCCUUUUUUUAAUUCAAGUGCUGUUUUUCCCCCAAACCUGUUGCAUUGUUACUUUCAUAACAGAGCUUAUUCCACAAUUGCUUGGCAUUUCUUGCUCUUCUCCUGUGAGGAUGCCAGUGCUACGACGGGCCAGCAGAGGUCACUGGGGAGGCCAAGGCCUCUGGGAUUUGAAAUGGUAGAUGGAUGACAGUAAACUGUGAGGUCAGCCCUAAUUCCUGCUGAGUCAACAAAGGAAAUGACUGAUGCUAACGUUGUUUAACUUUCGGUAAUCAAACUGCUUCACCCCGAGAGAGCAGUUACAGCUCAUGCCAUGGCUAAGCAUCUCAGACCAAAAAGAAAAAAAGGACUUCCUGUUGGAAAUUUCAUACUAUGUCGAUUGUUUUCGUUUACGCCGAAACUCAGAAAAAACCUUACUUAUGUGCACAAUCUAAUAACACCUUUAAAAAAAAAAAAGGAAUGAGCACAAUCAGGCUUGCUUUGUUGAUUGUGUGCUGAGUUUAGAGAUUGUACGUUUCAGCUCAUUUUGCACAAAAAGUAAAGCCCUUAAAAUGAAUAACCAAAUAACAGAUUAGAUAGAAACUUUAUUUAAACUUUUUCAGGUUUUGUAAAUCCCAGGUAAGGGGCCCUUUACAGGCUGUUGGUUUGUGUCCAGUACAUUGUCACGUCUCAUCUCUCAUUCGUCAAUCAUCACAAGUGCCCGCAUUCGUGGUCAAGUCCCAUCAUGCUCUUCCUCCGUCUGCGUUGCCACCUUCACAUUCCUGUAAAGGAGGAGGGAAUGCGGUUCCCAGGUCAUAUUUUAUUUGUUUUGUGUGGACUUAUGUGAGUUCCUGUUGGCUUUGUGUGAUCAGAAUGUCUCACUGCUCGUUUGACAGCCAAAAUAAGACGCUGUGCCAGCUAACAGGAAACCCCCUUUAUUCAAAAAUAAAGUGCCUCGCUGGAAGGUUUUUAAUGAAUUCCCCCAAUCUUUUAUUUCACUCCACCAUCAUCCGUUCCCAUCCGUCAUGUUUACUGUUUUGCUGGCACUUCCACAUUUUUCUGUUUCAGAUCAGGAUAGAUUUUUUUCUUUUUUAUUGGGUAAAAGUGGGAGAGCUUAACCAGCACUGGGUCAAGUAUUCUUUUUUUUUCCACAUUCCCUCUACUUGUGCAGGUCAGAAUAGCAUUGAGGCCCAUUUUAGUGUUGGAGCUAUGUAACGUCAUAUCGGUUGAAUGUGGGUCCAUAAUAAUUAAUCAGUUGUGGGUUUCCUACAUUUUUGAGCAAAAAUGUAUAUAUUUUUAUCCCAGCACCAAUAGAACAGCAUUUUCUUUCCACCCAUACACCUGUUGUUCCCAUUCUUGAUUUUUUUUUUUUAAUCUUAUUCCCAGAGCAGCAUUUUAAAUGCAAACUCAAACUUUAUUUAAAAAAGACUGCAAAAAGUCUAAUGGCCAUUCUGUUACUACCCUAUUUCUUUACAUUCUCUACCCAAUCGUUUUCAAAGCUUUUCACUCAUUUUUUUCUUUACUUUUAACUGUGGAUUUUUUUUUUUUUUUUUGGUAAAUGGCCCCUUUUUGUACAUAUUGUAAGGUUAUUUAUAUUACAUUCAUGUCUGCUGCCUUGUUUGUUUUAAUUUCUCCUCCCCCUUUAUUUUAAAAAAGCUGUAUAUUGAAGUGUAUUGGGACCAUUUUGAAGCCUAUUGGAUGUUUGGUUUUGGCCAUUUUUCAUUUGAUAAAACUGUCUUAAACAAUUUUUUUUCCCAAAUUGCGUAAGUUUCUUUCUAGUGUUUUGUUAUUCAACAUUUGAAUAUAUGUAUAUAUAAUUAUAUAUAUGAUAAAAUUAUAUAUAAUUAUAUAAUGCCAAAUGGCCUUUCUAAGCAAGAUACUGUAUAAACCUAAUAAAGUGCUUGAGAUUUUAA